AUGUCCAAUCCUCAUCAUCGACCCUAUCAUCAAGGAGGUCAUCAUAGAAAUGAAAGAGGAGGUUAUCGGAAUUACAAUGAUCGUAACCGUGAUAAUUAUCAAUCUUAUAAUCAAGGAGGAGCCUUUAAUAAUACUCCACUACAGCAACAACAAUUAAAUUCUCUCAUGAUGGCAAAGAAGCCUAAAGUUAUUCAUGUGGAUCCUUCUGUGGUUCAAAAAACAAAGCCAACAAUUAAUACAACAGUGCAAGAAAUAAUUCAUAGAAGACAAUUAAAAUUUCCAAUGGUUCCAGUUAAUAUUCCUGUGUCGAAGGCUCCUCCUGAGGCAGGAGAAUAUCCAAAUCCAUUUGAUUUUCCAAAUGUACUUAUAGAUACACGAACAACAAUUGUAAUGGAAGAUUUAAGCGCUGACACAGAGAAUGAUUACAUCAAGAAAUUACUUGAAAGUUGCGGACAAUAUACAAGCUGGAAACGAUUGAAAGAUCCAAAAACUAAUAGAUGGUUGACAUUCGGAUUUUGUGAAUAUCAAUCUUGUUCUUCAGCAAUUAGAGCUCUACGAUUAUUGAAUUUACUGACGAUAGAACCUGGUGUAACUAUCAAAAUGAAAUGCUCAAAGAAAGUUCAAACUUUUAUGGAUCAGUACCAACAAAAGAAGUUGGAGUUGUGGGCAAAGAAGCUUCAAGAACGAGAGAAAACAAAUAACUCUCAGAACUCAAGCACAACAGAUGAGCUCACUCCUGAACAGCGGCAACUCCUAGCUCAAUUAGAAGAACAAAUGGCAUCAUCAAAAACUGAAGAAAAAAUAGAAGUAAGAGACAGUGAUCGACAUGAGUUUGAAAAUUAUGAAAAAUCACUGGAUGAUAUUUCUAAGAUCAUUAUUAACGAUCUUGUUAAGGAGAGAAUGAGCAUAGAAACUGAAAACCGGUCUAGAGAAUCGAUAAGUCAACAAUUAGCCGUGACAAACACUGUACAAAAAAUUGCAGAGACUGGUGUGAGCAAUGAAGAAGCAGAACAAAAAAAGAAUUUAAUUUAUGAAGAAAUUCGAAGAUUCAGAGACAAUGAGAAAAUGAAAGAAGAAGAAAUUAAAGAGGUUGAAAGAAAAAGAAGAGAGAAAAUAUACAGAGAAAAGAGGUUAAAGCAAUCCAAACAACUUGAAAGAGAAAGAAGAAGAAGACAACGCUGGGAAAAGGAAAACGAACAAGACAAAAGACAACGAGAGGUUACUAUUCGAGAAAUUGAAAGAUUUGAAAGGAGACGAGAACGAAGGUAUGGCGGAAUAGAUGGAACUGGAGAGGGUUAUGUUAGCAGUGACGAAGAAAUAUCCACUGGAACUGAUAAGAAAAAGAUUCAAAUUGAACUUCAAGAAAAAGCGCCUACAUCUAGAGAACCAUCUGAGGUCGUUACUUACGAAGAGGAAGAGCAAGAUUGGGGAAGAAAGAAGAAAAAGCUUUCAGCAGUCGAGGAGAUUGAAAAAUCCAAGAGAGACGCAGAAUAUUUGGAUCGUGAAAAUAUUAGAAAAAUUCUUCCUACUUCUCAAGCAGAGGUUUUCAAUUAUCCAGUGGAUUGGAAUGUGAUCGAUAAGUACUCUCUAUGGGUUCCUCUUGCUCCAUAUGUUGACGAACAAAUUAUUAGCUUAACAGGAGAUCCAGAAGAAAGCUUGAGCCAAUUUAUUUUGGGCAAAGUUGAAACUCACUCUUCACCACAAGAAAUUAUUAACGAUCUUGUGGAAAUAUUCGAUGAACAAACAGAACCAUUUGUACUUGGAUUAUGGGAGAGGUUGCUUGUAGAAAUGGUUCGAAAACAACGUGAAAUUCAAUUGGAAAAUCAAGACAUUAUCGAAUAA